AUGAAUUCGGUGCUGGAAAUAGAUGAUGCAGUUAAUUAUCCCGUAGAAUUUCUAAAUUCACUCAACCCUACUGGAUUCCCACCACAUUUAUUAACAUUAAAAAUUGGUACUCCUAUAAUGCUUCUAAGAAAUCUUAGUCCACCAAAAUUGUGCAAUGGGACUCGUCUACGUAUUACUGAUCUACAAAAAAAUCUGAUAGAAGCUCAAAUUAUGACUGGAUAUGCAAAAAGUGAAUCAGUUUUUAUUCCUCGCAUACCAAUGAUACCAUCAGGUUAUAUGUCCGUGAAGUUAGCCGCCCAACAUCAACCCAACGAAUUCAUAUUUGGUCAUCCUUUAGUAAGUCAUUAG